AUGGAGAUGCUGCCUGAACUACCCCUCGGUGGAGUACCGAAAAUGCUGCUGCAAUGCACCAUUGGGAUCAUUAUCUGCUUAAUGGUUCACCAGCUUGUAUUGUCGGAUUCGCAUGAGCAUACGCAAUUCUGGAAGAAACAGGUCUGGGUAGGCCUUCGCCCGGAAUGGUUUCCCAAAUUCAGAGCCUCACUGCGAACUAUCAGCGGUAUACGCCAGAUGCUGGAUGAAGGCUAUGAGAAGUACUCCAAAAAUGGCAAGGCCUUCAUCCUGCCCACCAUUGCCGAAGCUCCCUGGGUGGUGUUGCCGCCCAGUAGCAUGCGCGAGCUGCUGUCCAAAACAGAUGCUGAGCUGGAUCCGGACAUAAUCCACGCAGAACAGCUGCAGCACUACUACACCCAGGGACCGCUCGGGUGGCACGCAGUGCAAGUACCCAUCCAGUUUGAUCUGGUACGCCGCCAGCUGUCGCGACAACUUCCGCUGGUGAUCCCGAUCAUGGCAGAAGAGGUCGACCGCAGCUUUCGGCAGUACUGGGGCACCCAGCGGUCGCCAUUGGAGGUCAAUGUCUUCGAAACUUGCACGCAAAUUGUCAAGCGUGUCGCCAAUCGCGUCUUUGCCGGUCCAGAUAUCUGCCAGAAUGAGGAUUUCCUCCUCCAUUCGCGCCGCUACUCGGAAGGCGUCGCGCGCGCGGGGAUCAUCAUCCGCUUGCUGCCGCGAUGGCUGCGUUGGCUUCUCGCCCCGCUCAUAACAUAUCCAAAUCGCAAGCACUAUAAGAUCUGCCUGGACAUUGCUCUUCCCGUUGUCAAAGACCGACUGCAAAAGACCCUUGCGGCAGACCCCACAUGGAAGGCACCGGUCGACGGACUUCAAUGGCUCCUUGAAGAUUGUGUGAAGUGCGACGACGCACGCGAAAUCAAUCCAAGUUUGAUCGUCCAGCGACUACUAAUGCUCAACUUUGUCGCGAUAGAAACGAUGGCCAUGUCCAUGACCCAUACGGUAAUCGAUCUGUACUCUGCUCCCGAUUGCGCGAGCUUUGUAGCUGGGCUUCGAGAGGAACUUGAUCGCGUAUGGCACGAGGAAUCACAACAGCAGCCGCAGCCACAAGCAGGUCAAUGGACCAAAGCUGGACUGGAUCGGCUGAUACGAGUAGAUUCGACCAUCCGGGAGUCCAUGCGAGUAUCCGAUCUGUCGUACAUUGCCGUUCCGCGCAUGGUGGCGCAUCCCGCAGGCCUCGACUUCCAACAGGCAGGAGGAUUGCUCCAUAUACCGCAGGGCGUGCGAGUGUGCGUGCCAUCCCAUGCCAUCCAACGCGACCCAUACUGUUACUCAGAUCCAUUUAUCUUCAAUCCCUUCCGGUUCAGUGAUACCGACCAAGUAGCUGCCGGUCGGAAAGCCCCUUCCAUCGCGACUACGACCGACACCUUCCUUGCCUUUGGGCACGGGCGACAUGCCUGCCCUGGUCGAUUCUUCGCGGCCCAGACGAUAAAGUUGAUGCUGGCGUAUCUCGUGCAGCAUUAUGAGGCGGACCCGCUCGAACAUGUCGUAGAGAAGGAAGUGCAGGUCGGGACUGCUCGGCCCAAUGCCAGUCUCUGUCUGCUUGUACACCGACGGGAUUGA